AUGUCUCGGAAUCAUAUAAGCAUAAACAUCAAUGAUUCCUUAUCUAAUUCACAUCAGAAUUCUAUUUCAACUUUACCACACAAGAAUAAACCAAUAUCUAAAGUAGCAAUAUCAUCACAAUCAAAUUAUCUUUUGACAUAUAGUCAAGAAGAUGAAUCAUUAGUCGGAUGGCUUGUCAAUAAACGUACAGAACCUUUCAAUCUUAGUUUAGAUACAGAAACCAAGCCAUAUAAAUGUAAGGGCAUUAAAAAUUUCAAGGUCUCUGAUAACAAGAUCAUUUUGUAUGAUAAUACUGAUGAAGCUCUAGCAAAAUUCCACGAUUUGAAAAAUAACAAAGAUUUUAACAUUGAAGAUGAACUUUGUGACUACAGUCAUACGAAUUUUCUUGAAGAUGGGAAUAUAGUAACAUUUCAGAGCAAUAGCAGCGCUUUAAUAAAUCCUGCAGUUUUGAUUUAUGAAUAUACAAAAAAAAAAAAUUUGGCUCGCAAGGCUUUUUAUCUUUUUAAUGAAAAAGAUAUAAGAUUUGGAGGUUUUAAAAGCGAUAGGAUUUGGAUGAUAUCAUAUGGUUUAAUUUUUCUACUAGAUUUAACUACUUUCCAACUUCAGAAGUUUUCGCUUUUUGAAAAUAAUCUAAAUAUUGAUCAAGUGAAAUUCAAAUUCUCAAAAAAGUUUAUUAUUAUGAAAAUAGUUGAUGAGCAUUAUAUAUAUUCCAAAAACUUAGACCACAUAAAUUUUCCAAUUGGAAAUAUUAAUGAUCCAAAUUGUCAAGAAUUUGAAUUCGCCGGCAAUAAUGAUGAAUUCAUGAUUACAUUAUAUAAUAAAACUAUUAAUAUUUAUUUUUGGAAAUCAAAUCUAAAAGGUUCAAUUAUUUGCAAUAAAUUAGUAGAAUUUGGAGAUCUCGAUAAAAGUAUUCAUAUCGAAUUUAAGGACAAAUGCAUUUUUAUAGUAUCACCAGACAAACCUUAUAUUUAUAAUAUAGCAAAUCAUGAUUGGAGAAAAUCAAUAUUUGAUGAAAAUAUGAAUGAUUCUAACAAUGACUAUAAUGAGAAUAUAUUUAUGGAUAUAGAUCAAAAAUAUUCUUUAAUCCAGGAUAAAAUGAAGGUUGUUGAUGAGUAUUUUGAGACAAAUGUAAACGAUAUUAUCCCUGUAAAUGUGAUGAUUCUGCGAAAUGUUAUAUUAAGUCUGUAUGAUAAUCGCGAAUUAAACACUUUAGAAAUUAAAUGCAUUGCUAAACCAACAGAAAAUGAAUCAAAAAAGUCAUUUAUUGAUUAUUUAUUGAAUACAAAAUAUUAUUUUAUGCUAUAUGGAGAAAAGAUAUUUAAAUCGGCGAUCAAACAAAAUAAUAUUUAUUUAAUAAGAUAA